AUGGAAAUGCUGGGAAUGAUCGCCGAGAUCACUGCUGAGAGAGCAGCCGAGUCGAAAGUCAAGGAAGCGCAGAUGGACUUGCCGAUGAUUGUCAUGUCGCUGACGCGCUUGGGCUUCAAGGACUUGCAGAUGAACAGGCUGCUUGAUGUUGUUGCAGAGCGGCUGCAGCAGACUCGCUUCUUGAAGAAGAUGCCCGACUGGAGCCUGGCGGCCCUCUUCUGGGCCUGGCCACAAGACGGAUCGCUCCGGGGCGUGAGGAACAUGCAGGAGCUUCUGCAACCAGAGGUGGAGGAGAGGAUACGGAAGAAAAAGUUUGACAGUCGAAUGCUCGAAAGGAGCUGGAUGGGUCCUGCUGAAUGGCGGAGGCCAGCCAGAGCAUAG